ACCGUUCAUAUUCAGUUACUUAAAGUUAUUGACGCGUAAACAUGUUCGGAAUCGCGUUGGCAAUCGUUUUCUGUAUUUUCUGCUCGGUGCAAGCUCAUUUCCCUGAUGAUCCUAAACCCUGUAAAUACGGCGAUGGCGAGUGCAUCAUGCAGUUUGUCAACACAUUGUUCAGCGAGAGGUUUUCGGAGGAGGAUCCUGGCCUGAAUCUGAUGCAGCUGGAUCCCCUCAAGGUGGACAAAAUGGUAAUAAGCCAAGGAGAGGGUGAAAGUCCUGUUAGCAUUACUCUUACUUUUACCGACAAUUUGUUGUACGGCAUCAAGGAUCAAAGGAUCGUUAAAGUGAAGGGAUUUGGCAAGGAUCUCACGACAAAGCACGAAUUGAAAAUUGUUUCAAAAACCUUUUCUUUAGUGGGUCCCUAUAACAUUCAAGGUAAAGUUCUAAUUCUGCCCAUUAGCGGCACCGGAAUAAGUAACAUGACUAUGGCUAAUGUCAAAAUAAUCGUUAGCUUUUCGGGCAAUCCGUUAGAGAAGGAUGGAGAGACUUACUUGGAUGUCACCAACUUAAAGUUCUCGAUGAAACCCGAGUCCACCCACUACCAAUUUUCAAAUCUGUUUAAUGGAGACAAGGCGCUGGGUGAUAAUAUGAACGUAUUUCUGAACGAGAACGCGGAGGAAAUUUACAAGGAGACAGCUUCAGCCAUCGACAGGUCCUUUAGCCAGAUGUAUUUAGGCCUCGUCAAAGGCGUUUUCGCCAAGGUUCCAUAUGCCAAGUUAUUUGCAGAGGAGUAGCUGGCUCUUCCCAAUGUAAUAUUCUCAACUUUUUAUUUAAAACGAGUAUUGCCCUCUUUUUGAUUUUUCUCGCUCCAGCACCGGUUGUUUGUUUACUGACAGUUAGAAGUUUUAACGCUUGGCAAUCAUCAUAAGGUUUAACAAAGGUCGUAAGUCCAACUUGAAUGGUAGUACAAGUAUAUGUAAUUAGGGAAAUUCUAGAAGCAAUGUAAGCGGCAUCUUCUGUAAAUAGAACACCAUCGCGUGUCAUGAAAGUUAUAACACUAAAUUGUCUAAAUCUAAUUGGUGCUUCCCCAAUUAAAAUUUCAAAGUUAUAACUUAUUUUCUUUUUUAAAACUACAUUUUAUGAUUGAGAUUAAAUUAAACUAAACAAAAUUGAGUGGCAAUAAAUUUUAUUUACUUUACCCUUCAUAAAACUAUAUUGUCUAAAUCUAACUGUAAAUGGGAAAAUUUACAAUUUUAAAAUUAUUACAUUUUUUCUUCUAUAUAACUACGUUUUAUAAUCAAUAAAAGUUGGCCCCAAUGAAAGGCUACUUAUUAAAUAGAACAAAAAUCCAAUGGCAAUAAAGUUAAUACAUUUUUUGCUUUAUAAAACUAUAUUGUCUUCAUCUAAUUUGUUUCUCGCAAUUUAAUACAACUAUAUUAACUAAAUUGGAAUUGUUGAAAUGUUAAAUAAGUGAAAAAAUCCUUACUACUAUCAAAUAAAUCCAAAUCAUCAUCGUUACGGACUAAAACAAUUAUCUUUCUUGCAAUUUAAGAAUAUGACCAAUAAAUAUUUGCUUAAAAAAAUUACCAAAGGUUCUACUUAAUAAAUCGAAACCCGCCUAAAA